ACCUCAAAAUAUUUUUCAAACUAUAUAUAUCCAUCUCAUACAUAUUUAAUAUAUCAAUUUCAUUCCAAGAAAGUAAUAACUAUGCUUCAUCUGGCCUCCUUCUCCAUGCCAUCAAUGGCAGCUAUGUCCUUCUGCACCUCCAUCUCCAAAUACUCUUCUUCCUCUACCUCUUUCAAGCCUUCGAAACCCAUCUCCCCAUUCUUUCAAUCAUUCUCUAUUCUUACCCAAAAUCACACCUUUUUCUGCCGUCCUAUUCGCAUCUGUAGCUCUCUGUCUCCAUCCUCCGUCCCUGAAAUUUUCAUCGUCUCUCGAUUUGCCGCCGAUGAGCCGAGAAAAGGCGCUGAUAUCCUCAUCGAGGCUCUCGAGCGCCAAGGCGUCACUAGUGUCUUCGCUUACCCCGGCGGCGCGUCCAUGGAGAUCCACCAGGCCCUCACACGCUCCGCGAUCAUCCGCGACAUCCUCCCCCGCCAUGAGCAGGGCGGCGUCUUUGCUGCCGAGGGAUACGCACGCUCCUCCGGCCUUCCGGGCGUCUGCAUUGCAACUUCGGGGCCUGGCGCCACCAACUUGGUCACCGGCCUCGCCGAUGCCCUCCUCGAUAGCGUUCCACUAGUGGCCAUCACCGGCCAAGUGCCGAGAGGAAUGAUGGGUAACAAUGCGUUUCAGGACAUUCCCAUCGUUGAAGUAACUCGCUCCAUCACAAAGCACAAUUAUCUGGUUCUUGACGUAGAUGACAUUCCAAGGAUCGUGAGCGAGGCAUUUUUCCUCGCAACUUCUGGUCGGCCUGGUCCUGUUCUUAUUGAUAUCCCCAAAGAUAUUCAGCAACAGCUCGCGAUCCCCAACUGGAAUCAGCCCAUCAAAUUAUCGGCUUACUUGUCUACCUUACCAAACCCUCCGAACGAUGCCCCUUUGGAUCAAAUUUUGCGACUGAUCUCUGAAUCCAAGAAGCCAGUUCUGUACGUGGGUGGCGGGUGUUUGAAUUCACCGGACGAGUUGCGGCGGUUUGUCGGCCUCACUGGGAUUCCGGUGGCGAGUACUCUGAUGGGUCUUGGGGCGUAUCCAUGCAACCACGAGCUGUCCUUACAAAUGCUGGGAAUGCAUGGGACAGUUUACGCUAAUUACGCUGUGGAUAAAUCUGACCUCUUGCUUGCAUUUGGGGUGAGAUUCGACGAGCGUGUGACGGGGAAGCUUGAGGCAUUUGCGAGCCGGGCUAAAAUCGUUCAUAUUGAUAUCGACUCGUACGAGAUCGGGAGGAACAAGCAGCCCCACGUAUGGGUUUGUGGCGACGUGAAGUUGGCCAUGCAGAGAAUGAACCGUUUAAUGGAAGAGAACGCAGAGAAGCUUCUUCAUUGUGAUUUCUCUGCGUGGAGAGAGGAACUGGAUGGGCAGAAAUCAAAGUACCCACUGAGUUACAAGACAUUCGAGGAAGCCAUUCCUCCCCAGUAUGCCAUCCAAGUCCUUGAUGAGCUAACAAAUGGCAGGGCGAUCAUAAGUACAGGAGUGGGGCAGCACCAGAUGUGGGUGGCUCAGUUCUACAAGUUCAAGAAGCCACGCCAGUGGCUAACCUCGGGCGGGCUAGGAGCGAUGGGGUUCGGACUGCCGGCAGCCAUGGGCGCAGUAGUAGCAAAUCCCGAGGCGGUGGUGGUAGACGUUGACGGGGACGGGAGCUUCAUGAUGAACAUCCAAGAACUAGCAGCCAUCAGUGUGGAGAAACUUCCCGUCAAGAUCCUGCUGUUGAACAACCAGUAUUUGGGUAUGGUUUUGCAGUGGGAGGAUCAGUUCAACAAAUUAGGCAACAGGGCUCAGACGUACCUUGGAGAUCCAUCGAAGGGAUCAGAGAUAUUCCCAAACAUGUUGAAGUUUGCAGAGGCCUGUGGGAUCCCGGCGGCGCGGGUGACGAAGAAGUGGGAGGUAAAAACAGCGAUAAAGAAGAUGCUGGAGACUGAGGGGCCUUACUUGUUGGAUGUCAUCAUACCGCAUCAAGAAUAUGUGCUGCCUCUCAUUCCCAGCGGUGGCACUUUCAAAGAUGUGAUCACAGAGGGAGAUGGAAGAUCCCAAUCAUAAUAUUAGACUGGGUAUAGACGGCGGGUAUAGGAGAGCAAAGCUCCCGCUCUCCCCGCGGAGCACUUCCCCCAUUCCCUAAUCUCUAUUAUGUUGAUUGUCCUUUUAUCCUUUUCCUCUUCCCUUUUUCUUUCAAGUUGUAUCACGCAAAACAUUCCUCAAACACUUCCUUUACUUUACGUUA